AUACCAUGUGUCCUCUGAAUCCGUCCUCGUCCCCCUCUCCACUACUUUCACGGCUGCGUGCGCGCGACGCGCACAGCUACAGCUGUGCCUUUUGGCUGCCAAGGUCGGUGUCGCAAAAGCCGCUGCGCGGUGCGCAGUGUGUGGGUCCCGUGUUUAUCCGGCAUCGCCUGUCGCGCCCGCGUUCAGUCUCUACGUGCACAACUGCGCAGGAACUCUGCAAGGCAGACCCUGACGCCUAUGUACAACCGUUUCUUGCAUCAUGCCUGGAUCGCGUGCUGGAGAAAACGAUAAUCGCCGACAGCUACGUGAUCAGGUGUUCGCCUGAUGAACGAACAAGUCGGCAACGGCACAGCAGAGAGGGUAAUAUUCGGCGUGGUGUCCGUCGCGCGUUCCGAGUACAUGUGGAUGCCCCGUGCCCUUGUGGUGGUCUGCGUCGUCGCGCUGAUCAUCGUGUCCUGCCUGGUCGGCCUUUACGUGGCUGGAAUCCUGCGACGCCGAGUAAUGUUCUCGCAAAGGGACCGUAACGGGAUGGGCGGGAACAGUGGCCAACCCGUCGGUUACGAACUCGGAUGGCAGCAAGCACCGCGGUGUCCGAUGGAAACGCCCGUCACCUACUCCUGUGCGGUGACCGCGCCGACGUGGCAGUAUCCCGCGCCAAACGCGUACGGAGCGCAGCAAGGUUACUCUGGACAGCCGUGGGCAGCUCAGCAACACAGCUACCCCCCGCCGUACUACCCGCCCGGGACUGUGCCUAAGAACGUGGCCCCGUUGUAUCCCGUUUAGUGCGCGCCUUGGUGUGGAAGUGCCGGAUACCAGUUCACCAUUGAACCUUUUCGUUCCACUUAAGUACCACUUAUAAGUGGAAGUUUCGAAAGUAAUAGACAGGUUUAGUUGGGCGUCUGCUGUAGCUCUGUGGACG